AAAAACAUCUCAGCUCUCCCAUGAUGCUUUGCGCGCAACCCAUGCUUUUCGCGCCCAGCGUUCACCACUUUUCACAAUUCAGCUUUUGGCGUUGUGAACAUGGCGGUCGCUCAGGCAGUUCAAGCUGUUGUUCCAGUGCAACCAACAAAUGUUGUAGUCACCCAACAUGAAGUAUAUAAUCCUCAUGCCACGAUUGAACAGUUGGGUUCAAUUAUUCCUGUUCAACCGGACGAUACAGGACCUCCUGCGAUUAAAAAAGCUCGUGAAUCCACAGGAAAAUGGAAAGGAUAUGAUAGCAAAAGAGUUUUCAAGAAAGAAUGGGAAGAGAGAUACGCAUGGGUUUCCGCUGUUCCCGAGGAUCCAACUCUUGCAUAUUGCAAAAUAUGUGGCAAAAAAAUAAGAGCUCACAAGGGAGAUAUAGAAAAACAUCAAAAAACAAAGCGACAUUUAAAGAAACAAACCACAUCCGACAUAUUAGCUGACUUGAUACCUAUUUCUUGUGAGGGGGUUCCUCAUCAAAUGAAUGUUCCGGGUCUCAUCCCAGCAAUCUCGGGCCCCGAAGGUGCUCCAUCUUAUCAGAACUUAGAUGGUACUAAAAACAAUGACAUUGAAAGCAAUGGAGAUGCAAGAGUUGUACCCCCGACAGCACAAGUUCCUGAUGGCCAGCAACAAAUCAUUUACUUUACUGAAUCUGCUGUCGAUUCAGCUCAUCAAGCAGCCAAUACUGUGAUUGACAAACUGGUUGAGAAAUAUCAUCAAAGAAGACUUGACAACUUAAAAAUUGAGCAUGAAGCCAUCUUGCAACUUUACAAAGAUCAAUUACUCCUGUCCCAGCGAGAAACUCAGUCUAAAGUGGAAGCAGAUGCUGAGAGAGCCCAGUUUGAACGUGAAGAACAUGAAGCAAGGUUACGAUUUAUGCAAGAAGAGCAUAAUGCUAAACUGAAAUCGAUUGAAGAGGAACAUAAUGCAAAAUUGAGGGCUAUAGAACAAGAAUUACUCUUUGCACAGCAGGAGUACGAAAAGAAAAUGCGUUUGUUAGAUGUUCAGUUAUCAUCUAUAAAUAAACUUUAACUUGUUUCAACCAUUCCUGAUCAGAUCCUCAAUACGUUAUGUAAUUUUUACAGAAGAUUGACGUUUGCCAAUAUUUGGUGACAUAUUUAUAUUGUACAAAAGUUGCAUUUUCCAUUACAAAUAAUGGGGAAAAAUAUAUCACUGGAGCUUAAAGUUUCCUUAUAGUUAUAUACCCUAAAACAGUUUUAAUGACAGACACCUUUCCUAAAUUCAUCAUUUUUGGUUAGGAUGUUUUUCACAUUGCAUUUUAAAGAAUAUUUUGUGUUCCUUUUUUUUUUGCUAUCAUAUGCUGACAAGUUUGUGGAUUUUAGAAAAAGCAAUAAAGUGUGUUUGGUCUAAGAUGUGAAUACUUUUAAUAAUUAGUAGUUCAAAUUAUCAGCAGUGUUUAGUAAUGGUCUGCUUGUUGUAUAUUCUUAUACCAUUUAUUUGUAAAGUCUAGUAUAAAAGAACUACUAUUUACUAAAAAGAUAUGACCUACUGAAAUGAAAUAACUUCUAAUAUUGUUUUCUUUGUGUAUAUAUAUCUUCUCUUACUCCAUUUCUUCUGGCAAGAUUCAGCUGAGUUUGCCAUUUUAAGUAACUUCAUCAGUUUAUUUUGAUCCUUGCGAGUCAGUGUGUUUUCCUCUAGUAAUACUCAAUAUUGUAUUUAUAUCUUUAACCCUCUGACUUCUGCCUCAAAGGCACAAAAUGCUGAGCUUUCUCCCUGUCUAAUCCUUUUCUCUUUCAAUAGAAAACUAACUGGCUUAUAAAUAGUUAUUAAUUUUUUAAUAACUAUUUAAUGUGCAAUUAUGAGACUGUGGGAGUUCGAAGUCAGAGGGUUAAUGGUGCCAAAUCAGUAUUGAAAGUUCUUGGAGUUCUUGUAAUAGUUAUUAUCUUAAAAUUGCAUUGGAAAAUAUAGCAUUAUUUAAAUUUUGUUUUCAUUGCUGCAAGUCGGACAAUUAUAAAACAUGGCAUUGAUUAGAAUUUCAAAACAAUUUGAUUAAAUGCUUCUUAAUAAAAUAUAAUAAUUAUUUUGUUUAAAAAAAGGAGGAAAUCACUGUUGUUUGAUUAGCUUAUUUUGCUAGUUGUUUUUAUGAUUGGAAAUCUUCAAGCAGCAUGAAUAACUUAGGUUAACUUAAUGCAAAAAUUUGUAUUUACCAAGUUUUUGUAAGAGAUAUUUUAAUGUUAUUUUUUACUAAAUUGGAAGUAAUACCUUUGUUAUAAUAUGAAGGAGAUAACUUAAAAAUUCUGGAAUUUGUUUAUAUUGAGACUUUUUAGUGACCAGGCCUAUUAUUAUAUAAAAUAGUUUUUUGCAUUAAGUUAGCACUCCCACUGUUUCAUUGCACAAUCUUUCCAUUGAUAUAGGCAUUUGCAUGUCUAUAUUAAUUAUUUUGAAGCCAGUUAGAGUUAGUGAGAGAGAAUAUUAGGAUUAGGCAGGAAAGAAAGCUCAACAUUUUGAUUUUUUUUUUCAUGCCUGCUUGAGGAUAUCCAUCAGAAGUUCUUCUUUUUCAAGUAGUUUCUUCUGUUAAAGUUGUUUGUAUUUUGUUAAAUCAGUAGUUUAUUUUUGAGUGCAUAUUUUUGGUGCUUCAUUUUUCUGAUUUUUUAAGGGGGGGGGAGAGGCUUUUUGUAUGUAAAUUGAUUUAGAUGCUCAUGGAAUAUAUAACAUACAGAAUCUGCUUUUUUUACUCUGAGUAUUUUUUUGUUAUCAGAAAUUUUCAAGUGACUUUAUUUAUUAAAAAUGUGUAAGAUUGUAUCUUUUUAUCUUGAUAGAGUUUUAAUUGAAUUUUAUUUAGUUCCAAUAUGCAACUGAAUACUCUAUGUAGUUUAGUUAAUGUAUAAAGUAUUAUAGCCAUAUGAAAUUCUGUUGUGAAGAUUUAAUGUUUUUGAGGGGUUAAAAAAAUACUUUUCCAGAUUUAUAGUUUAAAAUGGUUUUGACCUUGACUUUUGUUUUGAUAUUUCUGACAAAAGAUGGUUUCCCCCCUUCUUUUAAUGAGUAGUGCCAUUCUGAUUGUUCCUAUACUUUUCAAAACCUUAAUAUGUUAAAUAAAGUGGAGCUUUUGAGGAAAUGAGUAAUUUACCUCAUCUCCUCAUUUCAAUUUAUUUAAAAUAUUUCUUCUGCAUAUUGCUAUUGAUAUUUUGUUACAUAUUUUAUGUAUACUUUAAAAAAUUGUAUAUAAUUAUAUUUAUAUUCUUCAAUAAUUUUCAGUUAAAUGCUUCAAGUGUUGAAGAAAAAUUAUUUCAUUCAGCAUCGGUAAUAAAUAUUUUAUUAAAAUUUGACUUUUUUCUCUCCCAAAUGUGGUGUUCCAUAAACUAUGUUUCUGCUAUAGAAAUAUUAAAAAUGAAUUUAUUUAAAAUGGUUACAAAUUAUACAAAAGAGUUUUAUAUUAAUCUGUAGGGCUAUUGUUCAAAACAUUUGACACUAAUUCAUAUAUUAUUGUUAAGAAUGCCAGAAGAUAUAUGCACUUCAAUCACAAGUGAUUUCCUGUCAUGUAAUAACCUGGUUUAACAAAAUAAAGCAACUAUUUUUUUGCA